GGGAGGAGGGCGAUGGCGGCCAUUUUGAGCCGGGCCCGGAACGGAGGCUCGAUGGCCGGGCAACCGCUACUCCGCGGCGGGGACUGAGGAGGCCAUGGACGUGCGGCGGCUGCGCGUCAACGAGCUGAAGGAGGAGCUGGGCCGCCGCGGCCUCGAUACGCGCGGGCUCAAGGCCGAGCUGGCCGAGCGGCUGCAGGCGGCGCUAGAAGCCGAGCAGGGCCGCGACGGGGCGCUGGAUCCGCUGGCGGACGGGCAUUAUGGCACUCGUGGCGGUAUGCAUCAGGACAACAUGCAGGGAUACCACCAAACUUACGAGCGCUGCAACAUUAAGCAGGAGAAUCAGUCCGGGUAUGAGAGGAGGCCUCUAGACCACGAUCAUCCUGGCUUCCGCUCAGACAUGAAGCUGGAAAUGAAAUCAGAGGAGCCGGCCCUGGGCUACACCACAUCAGCCUCUGGUUACAACACACCUUCGAGUUACGGCGCACCCGGCCCUAACUACAACACCUCCACUUCGAGUUACAACGCCCCCCCCUCCAGCUUCAGCUCCUCUGACUCGAUGCAGUCCUGGCAGCAGCAACCACAGCAAGGCCGUAAGAGGCCAUUUGAAGAAACGAGGGGGCGCGGGUACUAUGAACACCGAGAGGAUAAAAGGGGCCGAUCUCCUCAGCCGCCUGCAGAAGAUGAUGAGGAAGAUUUUGAUGACACGUUGGUGGCCAUUGACACCUAUAAUUGUGAUCUGCAUUUCAAAGUUGCCCGGGACCGAUACAGCGGCUACCCUCUGACAAUAGAAGGAUUUGCUUAUCUCUGGUCAGGUGCACGAGCCACAUACGGGGUACGGCGAGGGAGGGUCUGUUUUGAGAUAAAGAUAAACGAAGAGAUCUCUGUUAAGCACCUUCCUCCCACUGAACCUGAUCCUCACGUAGUGCGGAUCGGUUGGUCACUGGAUUCCUGCAGCACCCAGUUAGGUGAGGAGCUUUACUCUUACGGCUAUGGAGGCACCGGGAAGAAAUCCACCAACUGCAAGUUUGAAAACUAUGGUGAAAUCUUUGCUGAGAACGAUGUCAUCACAUGUCUUGUGGACUUCGAGUGUGGCGACGAUAUUGAAAUGUCCUUCAUGAAGAAUGGGAAGUGGCUUGGGGUGGCGUAUCGCCUACGGAAGGAGACCUUGGGCAGCCGUGCACUCUUCCCUCAUGUCUUGGUGAAGAACUGUGCCAUCGAAUUCAACUUUGGCCAGAGGGAGGACACUUUCUUCCCUGUCCCGCCAGGCUUCACCUUCAUUCAGCAUCUUCCCCUGUCGGAGCGAAUUCGGGGGACAAUUGGACCAAAGAACAAAACGGAAUGUGAAAUCCUGAUGAUGGUGGGGCUGCCCGCCGCAGGGAAGACCACGUGGGCCAUCAAGCACGCAGCUGCCAAUCCGGGCAAGAAAUACAACAUCUUGGGAACAAAUGCCAUCAUGGACAAAAUGAGGGUAAUGGGGCUUCGCCGUCAGCGCAACUACGCCGGCCGCUGGGAUGUCCUCAUACAGCAAGCCACACAGUGCCUGAACCGCCUGAUCCAAAUUGCAGCCCGGAAGAAGCGCAACUACAUUCUUGAUCAGACAAAUGUUUAUGGAUCUGCCCAGAGACGAAAAAUGCGCCCCUUUGAAGGUUUCCAGCGCAAGGCUAUUGUAAUUUGUCCCACGGACGAGGAUUUAAACGACCGAACCAUAAAGCGCACUGAUGAGGAAGGGAAGGAUGUGCCCGAUCACGCAGUGUUAGAAAUGAAAGCCAACUUUGCACUGCCUGAAGCAGGUGACUUUCUGGACUCGGUGGUCUACAUUGAACUGCAGAGGGAUGAAGCAGAAAAGCUGGUGAGGCAGUACAAUGAAGAGGGCAAGAAGGCCGGCCCUCCACCUGAGAAGCGCUUCGACAACCGGGGUGGCGGCUUCCGUGGCCGGGGCGGUGGCGGUGGUGGCGGCGGCGGCUUUCAGCGUUUUGACAACCGGGGCCCAGUGGGAGGAAACCGAGGUGGCUUCCAGAACCGUGGCGGCGGCGGCGGCAGUGGAGGUGGCGGCGGCGGCAGUGGUGGAGGAUUCAGAGGAGGAGGCGGCGGUGGCGGCGGCGGCGGCAACAGCAGUGGAGGAGGAGGUGGCUUUAACAGAGGUGGCGGCUAUAGCCAGAAUCGCUGGGGAAGCGGGAACCGAGACAACAACAACAACAACAGCGUCAGCAAUCGGGGCAACUACAACCGCAACAGCCAGCAGCCAAGCAGCUACAGCCCGGCUCGAAACCAGAACACCUACAAGAGUAACAGCAGCACGGUCACCCCCGCCCCUCCUGCACCUGCACCUGCACCUGCACCUGCCCCAGCCACGAAUGCCCCUCCCAGUUCUUACAAUCCGGGGCCGCAGCAAAGCUACACCCAGCCCUACAACCCACCAUCCAGCUACAACCAAGGUGGUUACACUCCAAGUUACAACUAUGGGAGUUACAGCAGUUACAGCCAAAGCUACACCCAGCCCCCACCACCUCCACCAACCCAGCCAACCUACAAUCAGCCCAACUAUAACCAGUACCAACAGUACGCCCAGCAGUGGAACCAGUACUAUCAAAACCAGAGCCAGUGGCCCCCGUACUACGGCAGCUACGACUACGGGAGCUACACAGGCACCUCGCAGGGAGGUUCGAGCACCCAGUGAGGGCAUGGAGUCCUUGGAGGGAGCAGCUUGCUGGGUCACAUGGGGCAUUUCAGACUGUCUUGAGACCCUGGAGGGAUGUCUUCUUUGCCCUUGUCUCCUCUCUAUGGUUCUUGAGGGUAGCUGCGUUUUGACCUGUACAGCUAAAGGCAUGCUUCCUUUCCUUCGUUCCAUCCCCCAUGAGGAAGUUACAUUUCUUUCUUUCUCCUCGAUGAAGACAAUUUCCCCCCACCCCCUUUUUAUAAUUUCUCUGAUUCAAAGAGAAGCUAGGAUUCCAAGCCUCAUAUUCUUGUACUUCUUAGGCCAAGGUCCCCCCUGGUAUCAAGGUUUCUACAAUAGCCAGGGGCCAACUGUGGAUAGGUCCCUCUUAGGGUUUGUCACCUCCUCUUUCCAUCUUGCCUUGCACAACUCUGUUAGUGGUCAUAAAUUCCAGGCACUUUGGAAACUCUUCCUGCAGUUUGGUGUCACCUGUCUUUGAGGUGUUUUUAUCUGUCUUUUUCCUGCAAAUAACAAGCUGGGAGGGUGAAGAGAUGGCUGUCUUAUAGUAAUUAUGAUUUUUUUUUAGAUUUUUUUUUCUGUAACUUUUUACCGUGGGUUAGCAGCUGUUAAUAGUCUCUUCAAAGUAACAAUUCCUUUUUUUGCUCAAUUUAGGAGAAAACAGGGAGGGGGGAGAAUCAUCUUAAAUGUGUAACUUUUUAUACAAUGUUUAAGUUUCUGUAACUUUGCACAUGCUUUGUGUUGAGUUGAAUUGUAAUGGCUUUUUGUAUUUGGAGAAAAAAAAGAGUGAAUAUUGAACUUUUAAGCUCA